GAAAAAAAUAUCUUUAAUAUGUUGAGUACUGAACAACUUAGCGUUCAAUCCUGGAAUUUGUUAUUGGGAACCUACUGCCUGAAGAGCCGAAAAAUCAUAUUCAGUCAGUUUACUUCUUUAUUGUUGUUAUUGUGACUCGUUUUUGACAAUUUAUUUUUGUCUUUACUUCUCUGUCACCUCUUCUCCUAUCAUAUUUCGCCUUUACAGGAAUAAUCAAUUCUGCAAGGUUCACUUUGAUACAGAUGGAAAUCAUACUCCUGGAAGUGAACAGAACCGGUUGCAAGCAGAACUUUGCACGGGCUGCUAUUAAGCUAAUAGGGGUUACUGAUUCAGGGCGUGCCAGUAUCAUAGCUGCUACAGAUGCUGCCACCCCAAACUUGAGGUGUAUAAAGGGAGCUGCUUUGACUGCUGCUACUCCAGUUACAUACCAUGCGAGAAUCUUGGAAGUAGCAAUGGUUUGUCGACUCCAGUGGUGUCUUCUCAACAUGGUUUUCCAAGUGAUUCGCAACUCUCGAAUUCGGAAUGGUUAACCUUGGAUUCGGUGUUUGUUCAGUGCCUGAAGCACCAAUAUUGCCAAUGUUUUGCUCCUAUCAAUACAUUACCUCCUCUCUCGCUCUUGCACCCCCAUGUCUGACCUGAACCAAGGGAAAUCCUUCAUGCCCCAUCCAAUGUGACAUUCCGACCUAGUACACGUGAAUUUUGAAGUUUGUGUGGUGGCAUUCAUGGAAUGUGUAAGGAUCGACAAUUUGUCUACAGUAGAUUUAGACCUUGGCUAACCUGCCGGGAUGAUGUUGGUGCCUACCCAAAUUGCCGCAGGCACUCAUAUCAGGGAGCUUAAGAAUUUUCACUCUAACAGCAACAAUAUUUUGGAAGAAUCAGCAUCCACCAGACUCCAUUGACACUUACUGCAGUCUUAUACAUUUUUGUUGGGACUCAGGUGAUCUUUUCUUCAAGUGCUUAUGCCGUGCAUUUAUGGGAUACAAGCUUCUGUUUGAGCAGGUUAGGCAUUCCUUUGAAAAUUGUAAAACUUACACGAUUUAGCAAUUCUAGUACUACAUUUGCUGCAUUGUCAUCAGAACCAUCCUAGUGUGAAAUUAUUCUCUGACAUUCAGACCUCUCAAUCAGACGUGAAGCUUACUGAUACAUCUCAUAUCCCCUUGAGUCAAGCUCAUAUGCAUUUUAGCCCAUCUACGGAACAUGCUGCUCGGGAAUUGAAGCCUGACUCAUCGGUUCGAACAAGUUACUGACUAUGGAGGGCAGGAGGGGGGCUUUCAUCCUGCUGGGAUGAAGUAAGAACUCAUCUUAUUUCACUUUUUACUGUAUUAGAUGCUAAAAUCUUCUUGCAUUUAUUUUUGCUACCUCUGAGGAACCUUGGUUUUAACUUGCUGAAAAUCUCAUUUUUCUUGACCGGUAAAUCAUAAACUCUGAAGUGUAAGAUCUGAGGAAUUUCAGGUUUUUUUCAAACUGUACGAUCAUUGGAACAGACUGCUAUUACUGACGAUGUAAUAUUUGUUUCUAGGACUCGAACUCAAAGUCUCUGGUUAAGGGUGGAAAGAUAAAUACUGUAUUUUGUUUCCGUCAAAGAUUGGACAUCCAAAUUAUAUGCAUGGGAGAUCUCUCUUUAAACAAAACUUGUGUUGUAACUUUGGCAUUCACACUCAUUCCAGUACCAUGAUGGAUAUAAA